AUUAAAUUCGAUAGAAUUGAUUUGGUCUGCUGUAAAAAGUAUGUUGCUAAUGCAUUAAUUGAAUUGUUUUAUUAUUAAUUAUUUUUCAUUGAUAAUGCAGGAGAAGUUGCCCAGAAAAAUACUACUUUUAAAGCAAAUGACAUUUUGGACCUAUGCAGGAAUGAAAUAUCUUCCGUUUCGAAGGAGUUGUGGGCUGGAUGUUGCCAGCACGUUGAGAAAUUGGAAUCUUUACUGAUGGAGAAGGAAAAAGUUGCAGACAAUUUCGUUUCGGAUCGCCUGGGACAAAAUCGAAUCGUAAUCAGCCUUGAUGCCGACAGUGACGAUUCUGACGAAGAAGAAUUGUCUAGCAACCUUCGACAGAUUUCUUAUGAAGACGUCCAAGAUAUUUCCGGUGUGAGUGGCGAUGACACGUUGGAUGAUCAAGACGACAUUGCGAUGUAUGGCAGUGAAAGUGAGGAAAGCCAAGUUGAGGACGAAACCGGUAGUGAGACUGGCGAACCAGAAAGUGAUGGUGGGAAUGUUGAGACGGAGGAAGAAGAAACUGAAGGCGGAGAAGAUGAGGAAGGUGAAAGCGAUGGCGAAGAAGAUCAGGAAAGUGAAAGCGAAGGGGGCGAAGAUGAAGAUGCAGAAAAUAACAGUGGGAAUGCCGAAACGGAGGAAGGUGAAAGCGAUGGCGAAGAAGGUCAGGAAAGUGAAAGCGAUGGCGAAGAAGGUCAGGAAAGUGAAAGCGAUGGCGAAGAAGGACAGGAAAGUGAAAGCGAUGGCGAAGAAGAUCAGGAAAGUGAAAGCGACGUGGGCGAAGAUGAAGAAGCAGAAAAUGACGGUGAGAAUGCUGAAACAGAGGAUGGUGAAAGUGACGGCGAAGAAGGUCAGGAAAGUGAAAGCGAUGGCGAAGAAGGUCAGGAAAGUGAAAGCGACGUGGGCGAAGAUGAAGAAGCAGAAAAUGACGAUGAGAAUGCUGAAACAGAGGAUGGUGAAAGUGACGGCGAAGAAGGUCAGGAAAGUGAAAGCGAAGGGGGCGAAGAUGAAGAUGCAGAAAAUAUCAGUGGGAAUGCCGAAACGGAGGAAGGUGAAAGCGAUGGCGAAGAAGGUCAGGAAAGUGAAAGCGAUGGCGAAGAAGGACAGGAAAGUGAAAGCGAUGGCGAAGAAGAUCAGGAAAGUGAAAGCGACGUGGGCGAAGAUGAAGAAGCAGAAAAUGACGGUGAGAAUGCUGAAACAGAGGAUGGUGAAAGUGACGGCGAAGAAGGUCAGGAAAGUGAAAGCGAUGGCGAAGAAGGUCAGGAAAGUGAAAGCGACGGGGGCGAAGAUGAAGAUGCAGAAAAUAACAGUGGGAAUGCCGAAACGGAGGAAGGUGAAAGCGAUGGCGAAGAAGGUCAGGAAAGUGAAAGCGAUGACGAAGAAGCUGAGCAAGGUGAAAGCGGUGGAGGAGAAGAUGAACAAGCAGAAAAUGAUGGUGAGAAUGCUGAGACAGAGGAUAGUGAAAGUGACGGCGGGAACGCGGAGGAAGGAGAAAGCGACGGCGAAGAAGAUCAGAAAAGUGAAAGCGACGAUGGGGAAGAUGAACAAGCCGGAAGUGAUGGUGGGAAUGCUGAAACGGGUGAUGGAGAAAGUGACGGUGAGAAUGUUUAGUCAGAGGUGGAAAUAACAGCGGAACAGGAAGAAGAAAGUGACAGCGGGUAAUAUGAGACCAACUCGGGCGAAAGGGUCUAAUUUUGUUAAUAAAACGAUCGAUGCGAAGUAAUAUAACUUUAUUGUAAACGAAAUGUGUCACAAAUAAAUCUUACAUAUAAACAUACAGUUAUUUUAGCACUUGGUUGCAGCAUUAUAGAUUUGGAUUUAAAUUAAAAGUUUGAAGCAUGCACUCUUAGCAAACUGGUCAUAAAUCAUUACCGCCCGGAGUGCAUAUGACUCCACUGGCGAGGUAAUAACGAUCAUUUCCAUUUAGUAAUGUUAUGGUAAUGAAAAAGUUACCACUCGGAAGAAAACUGAUACCAAUCCAGUAGAAAAUUAUUACCAA